AUGCAGAAUGAAUCCUGUGAUGUUAAUACACAGAAUGUUAAUUUGCGUAAACCCCUUAAAAAAUUCAGAAAGGCAAAGAAGUCCGCAGAUGUAUCGCACAGUUUACAAGAAGAUAUUUUGAAGACCCCGAUUAAUCCUCAUGUUCAUUCGACUAGGAGAAUAAUAUUCGAUGAAAAUGGUGAAAUAGAAAGUUUAUACACUUCAGAUAAUCGGGAUAGUCUUUCUAACUGUAUUCGCAGAGCGAAAAAGCGUUCAGGAUACGUCGCUUUUACAAAUAUAUGCGCUGAAGACAAAUGUACGUCACUGAAAUCUGGAAUUCCGAUCCUUGAGGAUACUUAUAUGUCUUACGUGUCAGAAGAUUUACCAGAAUCGUUACGUGAAAUACUGAUCAAACAUGAAAAUGAUCAGCAUUUAGAAGUGGCAAUCUAUAGUUUUCCCAAUGACUAUGAAACUGUUGUCAAGUAUUGGUAUGACACAUUCCAGAAAAUUCAUUCACUUCCACACCAAGUAAAAGUCAAGAAGAAAGUGACAGAGGGUGAACAAACCUCUUGUCCACCACAACUGUAA